CCUGCACCUCCUCCCUUUGCAGCCAGUUGUGCUGUGAUUCUGACGUGACUCUUUUCAAGGGCGUCCCUGGUUUCCUAUUUCACCAGAGGCUGCGCCGGUCUGGAAAGAUGGAGAUGGAAGGACAGGAGGACUCGAAUCUCAUCACUGAAGCAUGAGGACUUACCGUCGUGGGAUCCCAUGGCUGCCUCUCCUGCACUCUGUGGCCCCUUGGGCUGUGUUAGCAGAGCACUCGGCCGGCAUGCUUUCAGCACCACAGGCAGCAUCGGUGCCAUCCAGAAGCUGACGCGGGUGCGCGUGGUGGACAACAGUGCCCUGGGCAACACCCCGUACCACCGACCUCCCCGCUGCAUCCAUGUCUACAACAAGAGCGGGGUGGGCAAGGUGGGCGACCGGAUCCUGCUGGCCAUCAGGGGGCAGAAGAAGAAGGCGCUCAUCGUGGGGCACCGCAUGCCUGGCCCCCAGAUGACCCCCAGGUUUGACUCCAACAACGUGGUCCUCAUCGAGGACAAUGGCAACCCUGUGGGGACUCGGAUUAAAGUGCCGCUGCCCACGAGCCUGCGUCGGAAGGAGGGCGAGUACUCCAAGGUGCUGGCUAUCGCAAAGAACUUUGUGUGAGCAGCGGUCCCGGCCCGCACCUGGCUGUGCGGAAGGCAGGGCCCCUCUGGGGUGGGGGACAGUGUCCUCUGUGGGAAUAAACAUUGUUGUGCA